AUGGCUUCAGAAUAUGCAAAUUUGUUACCAGUUAGUGGUAAUUGGAAACAAAAAAUUACUGAAUAUUUAACUGAAGAUGUUCCAUCUUUUGAUUUUGGUGGAUUUGUCGUUGGUAAUACUCCAGAAACUGGAUCACUUUAUAUGAAACAAUCAGGUGUUAUUUGUGGUAUUCCAUUUAUUAAUGAAGUUUUCCAUCAAUGUAAUUUACAACAUAAAUGGAAUUUUAGUGAAGGUCAAUAUAUUUCAGAAAAUGAAAUUUCUAAUGCUGGUGGUAAAAUUGUUGUUUGUAAAGUUAAAGGAUCAGCUUCAAAUAUUUUAUUAGCUGAAAGAACUGCUUUAAAUUUAUUAUCUCGUGCAUCUGGUGUUGCUACUCAAUCAUAUUUAACUAAGAAAUUGGCUGAUGAAAGCGGUUAUACUGGUAUUAUUGCCGGUACUAGAAAAACUACCCCGGGAUUGAGACAAUUGGAAAAAUAUGCCAUGUUAGUUGGUGGUGUUGAUACUCAUAGAUAUGAUUUAAGUUCCAUGGUUAUGUUAAAAGAUAAUCAUAUAAUGUCUACUGGAAGUAUCACUAAAGCUGUUAAGAAAGCCAAAUCAGUUUGUGGAUUUGCUGUUAAAGUAGAAGUUGAAGUUAGUAAUGAAAAAGAUGCUCAAGAAGCAAUUGAAGCGGGUGCUGAUGUUAUCAUGUUGGAUAAUUUCACCGGUGAUGAAUUACGUCAAGUUGCUCAAUCAUUAAAGAAUAAAUAUCAAGGUACUAAUAAAGCAUUCCUUUUGGAAUGUUCUGGUGGUUUAACUUUACAAAACUUGAGUUCUUAUUUGAGUAAUGAUAUUGAUAUAUAUUCUACUUCUUCUAUUCAUCAAGGUGUUAAAACCAUUGAUUUCUCAUUGAAAAUUGACGCUAAGUAA